GCUGACGUCACUUACAGAAACGCUUGUGGCCUUGAGUUCGGACAGCGGUCAGCAGCUACUCGCGAUCAUCUGAUCAUCAUCUUCAUCUUCAUCAAGCACCUUCAUCGGAGCGACAGAAACAAUCGACAUGGGGAACUGUUACCCAACGGUUGUUCCUUAUGACGCUUUCGAUGUCGUCGCUGACAUAAAGGCCAUCCGCAAAGCCUGCAAAGGUUUAGGCACUGAUGAGCAAGCCAUCAUAGAUAUACUGGCCAAUCGCUGUGCAGCUCAAAGAUUGGAAAUCAAACAUGCAUACUUUGAGAAAUAUGAUGAUGAGUUGGUGGAGGUGUUGAAGAGUGAGCUGUCUGGUAACUUUGAGAAGGCCAUCAUCGCCAUGUUGGAUCCUCCUCAUGUGUUUGCAGUGAAAGAGCUCAGGAAGGCCAUGAAGGGUGCGGGCACAGACGAGGAUGUCCUUGUUGAGAUACUGUGCACUGCCACUAAUGCUGAGAUCGCAACUUACAAAGAGACCUACACCCAAGUGCAUGACAGGGAUUUGGAGUCAGACAUUGAAGGAGACACGAGUGGGGAUGUGAGGAGACUCCUGACAUUGCUUCUCCAGGGUAACAGAGAUGAGAGCUACAAUGUGGACGAAACGCUGGCAGAGCAAGAUGCCGUCUCACUGUUUGAAGCUGGAGAGGGCUGUUUUGGCACAGAUGAGUCCACCUUCAGCUACAUUCUGGCCAACAGAAACUACAUGCAACUGCAGGCCACAUUCAAAGCCUAUGAAGCCAUUUCUGGAACAGAGAUUUUGGAUGUAAUUGAUAAGGAAACCUCUGGAACCCUGAAUGACUGCUACACCACACUUGUGCGGUGUGCUAAGAACCCUCAGCUGUUCUUCGCUCGGAGGCUGAACGCUGCAAUGAAAGGUGCUGGAACUGAUGAAGACACUCUCAUCCGCAUCAUUGUGUGUCGCUCUGAGAUUGAUCUGGAGACCAUCAAAGACAUGUACCUGGAGAAAUAUGAUGUGUCUCUGAAAGACGCAAUCCGCUCAGAAUGCGGUGGAGAUUUCAAGCGCCUUCUGCUGGCCAUCCUACACUGAGAGACACACCAGCAGACCCCUAGAGUGCUCACCGUGGAUCAAGGGUGCUUUUAUUGUAGUCACAAACAAGGCAAACUAACAUGACUUACAUUCAGUCAUAUUGUAUGCAAACACUUAAACUCAACAUGAAAUGGCAUUCGCAACACAUUUUACUUAUGCAGUGUGAGUGAAACAGGACAUUCAAUGAGAACAAUGAGAUUGAUUAUAUCUACCAGAAAUUGUUUGGAUCUUGGUAUUAGAAUUGAGCCAGACAGUUGGGGAAGAGGGGUUGAAAAAUAAGAGGGCUUGGGGAAGUUAUUUGAAAAGGAAAGUCACUUUAGAAGCAGAGUGCUAUAUUACAUUCUGACAAAUAUUUAUUUCUUUAAAAUAAUGUCCACAGAUGAAUCAUGUUCAUUAAGACCAGGAACAUGUAUUUGGAAAGUAAGCAGGGUCAUUUUUAUUGACUUUAUAGUGAUGCAGUACCUAAAAAAUCCAUUAUUCUUAUCCAGCAUUCUUAUUUUUAUUUCACUAUUGUAUUAUGUAUUAUGUAGAUUCAUAAAACCACUCUUAUGUUUCAAGAGCAACUGUCCUCACAAACAUGAAUAUGUCUGUAUGUAUGUCCUGUAAACAGUUUCUUUGACAUUACUUGCUCUAGAGGCAAAAUGGCCAGUUUAAUUUCCUUAAGUGGUGUCUUGUGGUUCUAGAUAGCAAGAAAAUUGUUACACUAUAAUGUUCUCAUGAGAUGAGAUGAAGAUCGAACAUAAAUGAUGUAAGACCUGCAUUAUUAUUUUCUUCCCAAUAGCAAUGUUUUCCCUCAAGUAUUUUACACUGAAACCUCAACCGUUUAAGGUUACACUAGAAAAGAUUUCUAAUUAAAUAUUGAAUCAGUAAUGAACAAAAUACCUUAAUUGACCAAGUUCAUAAAAAAAUAAAUCUGUGUUCAAAACAGUGUUCUUGCCAAACCCAGAGUUACUACAGCAAGCCUACAACAAUGAUUUAACAUUCUAAGCUGUCAGGUUUUGUUUGGCGGGAAAUCCUUGAGUGUUUACGUCAUGUCUAUACACAAAGAAACAGUUGGGCUACUAUGGCACAUGUGUAGGGGCAAGGGAAAGGGAGGGUCGGUGGUAGGUGGGUGGCAAUGAAAUUCAGUGUGAGGAAUGGAGGGGGAGUGAUAGUACAGUAAAUAGAGUAGAUGCAUAGAACUUGAAGCUAGUUAGCUAGCUAGCACUGAACAUGGAUAGUCUUAAACAGCAACCCUUGUUGACCUCUGGAAAAUCAUCUGUGGUCAACCCCAAGAAACAUCAAACUGUGGAAAGCCUGCAGGCAAAAGGGAAAGAUGACAGAGUGCGUGCUAAAACAAGGAUAAAUAUUGGCUUGGCUUUUCAAAAGUGGUGACAAGUGCAAGAUCUGAAUGGAUUUAAGACUGACCCAGAGAUGGCUUUUUUUCUUGCAGAAAGAUAUUUCAGUGGGUUGAUAGUUAUCUCAGUAGUUUGUGAGAAAUUGCAUAGCUUGUGCCUGUUAUUUUAGGAAAGUUAGCUACCCAGCCAGUUGAGUGUAUUUGGAUCUAAUCAUAUAGGACUUUCUUCUUACUAUCAGUGACUCUUUGUGUAGUUAGUCAGAUCUGCACUGAUAUGGAGAUCACAGACCAUAAAUACCUCAAACCAUCGGUUAUCCACAUGGAAGAGCAGUGCACAACUGAUGUAAAAUUUUUUUAAUAAUAAUAAAAAGAAAAGUUCCUUCAUAAGUAACUUGCAAUUUUAAGUUUCAACCACAGAAGGCGAUAGAGGGCCCAUUAUUCUGUAGUGUACCUUUUUCUGACUAUACCAAAAUAUUUCAGUUCUGUGUAUGUGAAAUCUGAAUAAUUGUGAAUUACUUCAAGAUGCAUGUGAAGAAACACUUAAAUGCAACAUUUCAGACUUCUAGGCAGCUGAUAUUUGUGGUCAAAAUUGAAUUGACAGUUUUACUAACCUGAUCUGUAAUGUUGUUGAGACUAACACAAAGCAUAUGUAUUUAUAUUAUUUACAUGAUAAAGUAUAGUAAACUUGCAGUAUAUUUUAAUACAAGAGAAUGGUCUACAAGUAGGGUAUUUUAGACUAAGGUACAUUUGUUAAGUUAACAAUAGCACAAGCAAAAUUGGAAUUCUGCUAUUGUUCUCUUAACAAAAUGCCCUUUAUUAACAAAUUGUUUAAUCUAUUUGGCUAGUUUUAAUUCAUGAAUAGACAUACAAGAACAUUAACUGUAUUUGUGAUAAAACACAAUUGAGUGAACAUAGACCCUGGAGUUUGGACCAGUGUUUUCUUCUGUAUUAACAAUAAAUAAUCAUUUAGAUUUAACUGAAUAAAAUAAAGUAGUU